UAUCGAGUAAAAAAUGCUGCUGAAUGUUUUGAAAGCGCAAAUAAUAAAUCAUCCGUCGAAUUGGCCAAGCUUGCCGAAACUUAUCUUACUCAAAAGGAUCAAGGACGACCUAUUCCCGCCACUCUCAAAGUAAAUCUCUACAUCUUUCGGGUUUGCAACACCUCUAAGGAACUGUAUGCUGUACCCUAUUUACUUCAUGGAGAAGAUGUGGAAAACACGCCCACCUUUAUCAUUCAAACGGAUGUCGUGGGUGGAUUUCAGGGCCUGCUUGAAAUCCAAAAUAUAAGAAAGUUUCUGCGGGAAGAUACCAAAGAUCGGGUAUUCGAAUGUCGCCAAUGCCAGUCCCACUUUGUGGACCGGGUGCAUUUGGCCCUCCAUAAACAGAUCUCCUGUGGGCGAAAUUUUAUGGUAUGGCACAUGGACAAGGACGCCAUUGAACUGCACGAGAACUGUUUGCCCCUGCCGAAGGAAUAUUUUAAGUACGAAUGGAUUGGGUUGGCCAGCAAGAGAAUUUAA